AUGAUGAGUGGCACAGGAAACGUUUCCUCGAUGCUCCACAGCUAUAGCGCCAACAUACAGCACAACGAUGGCUCUCCGGACUUGGAUUUACUAGAAUCAGAAUUACUGGAUAUUGCUCUGCUCAACUCUGGGUCCUCUCUGCAAGACCCUGGUUUAUUGAGUCUGAACCAAGAGAAAAUGAUAACAGCAGGUACUACUACACCAGGUAAGGAAGAUGAAGGGGAGCUCAGGGAUGACAUCGCAUCUUUGCAAGGAUUGCUUGAUCGACACGUUCAAUUUGGCAGAAAGCUACCUCUGAGGACGCCAUACGCGAAUCCACUGGAUUUUAUCAACAUUAACCCGCAGUCCCUUCCAUUGUCUCUAGAAAUUAUUGGGUUGCCGAAGGUUUCUAGGGUGGAAACUCAGAUGAAGCUGAGUUUUCGGAUUAGAAACGCACAUGCAAGAAAAAACUUCUUUAUUCAUCUGCCCUCUGAUUGUAUAGCGAAGGACAAGUUUUUCACCAGCUCGGACGAUCCCACCAACUUGACAAUACCCAAUAGGGACAUCAACGAAAGGACUCUUUUCUUGGACGCCUUUCUUUUGUGUGCAUCUAACAACAAUAGCAACAACUUCAAGCAGACCUAUGUUUGUAAUAGAUGUAUCAACAGGGAAAAAAGAAGAGCGUCGAGAAGAAAGUCUGGGUUGAACGACAACUCCAUCUGGCAAAAUAACGAAAACAAAAGAGCAAUCAUAUUCAAUAGUAAACAACUUUUCAUCAUUAGUAAUAACGGUUUGAGUGGUAACUCUAACUGUAUCAAUUUCGACUUACCGACGAGAAUCGUCUGUUACUGCAGACACCACAAGGCAACUAACGGGUUUGUAGUUUUGUUCCUUCUAAGGGACCAUAACGGCGAUAUCUUGGCGAAAACUAUAACAGAUCCCAUAAUGAUCAUGGACAAGAAAAAUGCCAGCAAUACCACAACUCCAACCAGCACCAGCAAUGCCCAGGUUUCGCCAAUGACAAAUGACACUAGAUCCUUUUCAUCGCCGCAAAGUGACUUAAACUUCCCAUCCGAAUUCCCCCUGCCUUCUAACAGUAAAAAUUUUGUCAUUUCUACGAACUGUAUGCUUGAUAGCAAUUGUAAUAACAACAACAAUGAUAAUGAUAACAAAAACAACAUUAAGACUAAUACCGCAAUGAUGAACAACAACAGACACUUUCCAUCACCAAAUUCCUCCAGUGAGGACAGCAACCAUUCUUUUUCAGAUAUUCAUUUUUCUAAUAACAACGACAACAAUUUACAUCGUUCACUAGACUCUUGGUCGUCCACAGGUUUUAAUAGUUCAUCUAAUCCCGCUCUUACUACAUUAACUAGUGAUUUCAGUGCGGCCUCUGCGAGACACACUGGCAAGAGGCAGCGUUCGGUAAACGAGCCUUUUAUGUCUACGCCUAAUACGUUUUCCCGUCUUCCCCAGAAAUUCAUCGAUUCUUCCAAAGAUAUAUCGAACCAUAAUAGUGUCCCCGUGGCGCUAAAUAACAAGCCUUCUAUUCAGCGUGUCAUCCCCGCACAAGGUUCCAUCAACGGAGGUAUAGAAGUGACUCUACUUGGCUCAAAGUUUAAGCAGGGCUUAAUCAUCAAGUUUGGCGAAAAUAUAGCAUUGUCCAGCCAAUGCUGGAAUGAAUCUACGAUGGUGACUUAUUUACCGCCUUCAUCUAAACCUGGACCGGUUUUGGUAACCAUAGUCGACCCAAGUGAAACGUCUAUGAGAAAUAAUAGCAAUAGUAGUGUUUCCACCAGCAAUAGUACCAAUGACAUUCUGCACUUAAACAAGUAUACCGGUGAGAAAGCAAUCUUUACUUAUGUUGAUGAUACUGAUAGGCAACUAAUUGAAUUGGCUCUGCAAAUUGUGGGGCUGAAAAUGAACGGUAAACUGGAAGAUGCAAGAAAUAUUGCUAAAAGGAUUGUUGGCAGUGAUUCAUCUCCAUCUAAUAAUAACGCAGGAUUACACUCACAGAAUAGCUCUUUAAAUUCGUACACGAAUAUGAUGCGAAAUAUAAACGAUGAACAAUUGAUCACUGAAGUUAUUAAGUCAUUUAAGAGAAAUAAUAAUCUCUCUACCGUCAAUCUUUCCAUGUGUGACGUUAGGGGUAGAACUCUAUUACAUCUGGCAGCAUUCAAUAACUGGUAUAGUCUUGUCUCAUUACUAAUCAAAUAUGGGUCGCAUUUGAACGACCAAGAUUUAUUUGGUUUUACUCCGCUACAUAUGGCGUGUAUUAAUGGUGACUUGAGAAUUAUAAGACUAUUGUUAGAAUGCAACGUUAAUAUUAUGAAGAAAACCAGAAACGGCUUUAUCGCUAAACAGUUCUUCCUGAUGAAUUAUACUGUCAACAAGACCAGAUAUUCUAAUUAUGAAACCAGUCUGUUUGACGACAUUCUGACUAGAUUAACGAAGAAUACAACAGGAUCCAGUGAUACUCAACCGUUUGAGAGAAAUGUAUCCCAGUCAAGUUUCAACUCAAGUUUAUUUGAUGAUGACGAUGCUGAUCAUGACUAUGUCCAAGAAAGAAAAUAUUUAUUGGCGGAUUCCGCUGCCCUUGCCCCCGAACAAUCCAACUGUAAUGACAAUACGUCAUUCUCAAUCCUAGAUUCGGAUUCAGGUUAUGACAUAAGUGAUUGUGAAUCAUCUUCAGAUGAGAUUGCUUUGGAGUUCUUUAACACCCACAAAAUCAAGGACUUCUCUUCAAAGCCAAAUGAAAUACCAAAAACUACUAAGACUAGCAUAGAGCCUGACGGAUCUUUAUGGAACAGAAUGCUAACUCGUUUAAAUGACGAGCUCCCAAAGUAUGAAGACUUGUUCCCAAAAAAACCCAAAAACUGGGAACUUGGUAGCAAAUCUGUGGAGAUUGGGCCAGAUAAUUCUGCCCAAAUGACCGUGGAUGAUUCUCAAACUUCUUCUGAAGACGAUGAAUUAGAAGCUUUACAGGUCGGGUUCAACACAAUCUUUUCCAAGAAGCAAAACUUUCAGAAUGAUAAGAUGCUCCUAUUCUUUUGGAUCCCCUUAACUUUAGUACUCUUAUUAUGUUUCACAUUAUCGAAUUUGGGGAAAGAUGAUGAUAUGUUUCAUAAUUUAUCCAAAAUUGUUCAGGAAUAUUUAAGAAUUGGUUUAGCCAAGGUACUACUAGGCAACGAAAGGAUGAAAACCUCUUUUAAAAUGCAGUUAUCGAAGUUUCAAAACAAUAACAUUCUAAACGACAUGCGAGUCAAUUAA